CAAAUGGAGCCAUUUAAUGAAGAGAUGCCAUUACGUCCACCAUGCAGCUUCCACUAUCAAUAAUUUAAAUAUCACUCGCUGAGAGCCCACGAAGAGCCUGAAUUAUUUUUUUUUUCCUCCCGUUGUUUAUUGUUUGUAGCCUUUUAAUUUUUUCCCAAGGAAAGCUGGAAAGAAAACUUCACCCCAACAAACAAAAAAACCCAAAACCUAUAUUAUCCAGAGUUUCAGCUGAGAUCCCCAAUACAAGUGUGUUGAUGUGUUCUUUGACAAGUACUAACUAAAAUAAGUUCCAUCAGGUGAGAAGAGUGAUGACCAUCCUUUUCCUUACUAUGGUUAUUUCAUACUUCAGUUGCAUGAAAGCUGCCCCCAUGAAAGAAGCCAGUGUCAGAGGACAAAAUGGCCUGGCCUAUCCGGGUCUUCGGACCCAUGGUACUCUUGAGAGCAUAGGUGGUCCCAGUGGCUCAAGAGGAGGUGGACUUCCUUCACUGACAGAUACUUUUGAGCAAGUCAUAGAAGAACUCCUGGAAGAGGAACAAAGCAUAAGGCAAAGUGAGGAAAGCAAGGACUCUGACUUGUAUUCAUCUAGAGUAAUGCUAAGCAGUCAAGUACCUUUGGAGCCACCAUUGCUUUUCCUACUUGAGGAGUACAAAAACUACUUGGAUGCGGCAAACAUGUCCAUGAGGGUCCGGCGCCACUCUGACCCAGCCAGGCGUGGAGAGCUGAGUGUGUGUGACAGUAUUAGUGAAUGGGUUACAGCAGCAAACAAGAAAACUGCAGUGGACAUGUCGGGGCAGACAGUUACUGUCCUAGAAAAAGUCCCAGUAUCCAAAGGCCAACUGAAGCAAUAUUUCUACGAGACCAAAUGCAACCCUAUGGGUUACAUGAAAGAAGGCUGCAGAGGCAUAGACAAAAGGUACUGGAACUCUCAGUGCCGAACUACUCAGUCUUACGUGCGGGCUUUCACCAUGGAUAGCAAAAAAAAAGUUGGUUGGCGCUUUAUAAGAAUAGACACUUCUUGUGUAUGUACACUGACCAUUAAAAGGGGAAGAUAGUGAAUUUAUCUUGUAUAGAUUAUAUUGAGAAGAAAAUAUCUAUUUGUAUAUAUACAUAACAGGGUAAAUUAUUCCGUAAGAAAAAGAAAAUUAAUUUUAUGGACUGCAUGUAGAAAAAAAAAAGAAGUUUAUACAGUAAAGUGGUUCUACAAUCUAUUUAUUGAACAUAUCCAUACCAUUAAAAAAACAGAGUCUUCUGCGCACAAUGUAACCUGUUUCCCGCUGAAGUAUCUUGGAACCCAUUGCCGUGCAAUGUUUUCCUGGUUCCUCCAGCCGGUUAUGGGUUAAAGGGAAAAUAUUCCACCAGUUUCUCUUCCAUUUCUUUUCUUUCACAUGAACAGUAAACUAUGAUAAUGCAUAUUGUUGGGUGUAGAGAAGACCCUUUCUCUAGCAUGUAUGAGCACAGCCGCCAUAUUGCUGAUCUUGACUGAGGCAUCUCCAUAGAUUUCAGCAUACGGUGUUGUUUCUGCCGGUAAACACCUUGGCUCAGAUGGUUCUACCGAAGAUUGGCAAAAAUUUAAGUGUUGGACUUCUUCUAGAUGGUGAUGCUCUCUGAAAGUCUAUGGAGGACUCCCAGUUCCCAGUUGUAGGGUUUAAAUGCAAAUAUGCAGUAGGCUAUAUUAUCAUCCUUCACUGUCUGUUUGGGGAACAAGAAAUUGGAAUAGGGUAUAUUCUCCCUUUAAGAAUUAAGCCUGCGUUAUGUUCCUCAAUAACAUUGUGGUUUGUUGCUGUUGCCAAGAAUUGAAAAGCAUAAAAGGUAAAAACCAAGAAUUGCAUGCUGCUUCAGUUGUGAAUUGACAAUAUGUCUUCUAUUCAGACAAAAUUUGAACCAAAACAUUCCGUUUACAUUUCACACAGUAUACUUUCCCGUCGGUAUUAUAUCUGUUUACUGCUUUUAAACUUCUGAUCGCGUUGGAAUUAAACAAUGUCAAGGUGCUGUUACAGCUUUCACUGUUUUAAUUCAAUUUUUAUUUUUAUUGGGGGUUUUUUUUUUGUUUUUUUUUAACUCCUGAAAAAAGUUGCAACGAGCUUGUCAUGAAUACAUGUGUUCUGGUUAAAAAAAAUAAUUAAUUUUAUAUGUUGUAAAGGUGUUUGCAAACUCGAAUCAAACUACUGAUCAAAAAAAUAAAAUAAAAAAAAAAAACAGCAAGGCAAACAAGAAAAUGAUGCUCGUGGUACACUUUUGCGACCCGCACCGGCAACCAAAGUGUAAGCUUCAUGUGUAACAGAGGUAAUUGCUUUAUAAAUCUGCUCUUUCAACAGGCUUCUGUGUGCUGCUUUAAAUGUGUAUGGCCAUUUUUAGGGGGGGAAAUGGAGGUAAAUGGUGUCCUCAACCUAAUGAAAGGCUGUUGCACCAAUCUAUAUAUAAAAUAAAGUCUGACAGCUCAUAAAUAAAGGAAAUUGUAAGUCAGCACCAGAAUACUGCUGGUAUUAGUCAGUAUUUCCAAUGCAAAUGCUGCCUGAAUAUUGUUUACCUACGUCCCAUUGGCCCCGUAACAGUGUCCUCAAAAUGCUAAUUGGAAAACAAAUCAGAUCUCCAGUGAUCACAGCAUUUCCAAGGAAAAUGGAAAUUGGCAAUGAAAUUUGUUUUGGAAUGAAGAAGCGUAGGAGAACAUGGGCCGGUUGUGUGUCCUAAGUCAAUAAAGGAGCCAUUAACACGUGAAUGGCACGUAGGCUGGCAUCUUGAUUAAAUAGCACAUCUGACCAUUAGGAGAUCUUAUUCUGUUGAAAAGAUGGAAGUGUGCUGUAGCUGAACAUAAAAGCCACAUAUACCUCAGAACCACUUGGAAGGAAAAGCUGUGAAUGGCUUUAAAGGGAUACUGUCGUCUCAAAUUCCUCCCUUUUAUGUAUAUAAAUUGAUAUAAUCAAAAGCUACAUUACAGUUGUGUUAUUCAGAAGGUACACCUUUAUCCGUGCUUCUGUUCAUUCUACCUCUGCCAAGCUUUCGUAUAUCUUUUUAGUCUCAUUAAUAAUCAGCCACAUACAUAUCCAAUAAGCAGUGCAGUAAAGAUUGGGCCAUCAAAAUCAAGAGUAAUUCAUUCUACUUUGCCUUGUGGGUCAGGAAACUGAUAUUUUUUUUAAAAAAAAUUACAUUACAUGAUACAAUAACUACUACAGUGUCCCUUUAAAGGAGAACUAAACCCGUGUGAUGUUAAGUCCCCACUGGCCCCCCUCCGUUGACCCCCCUUCCUGCUUCCCCCCUUAUCCCAGAAUUCUUUUCCCUCUUGAAAAAGUGACCGCACAUGCAGAGUGAGUGCAGCGGAGCUCACAGACGCCAUCUUAUUCUCUUCGGUAAUCUUCUUGUCUUCUUCCUCCCCUUCAGCAAUUUCCGUCUCUUUCAGCGCAUGCGCAGUUGUCGCAUACCGGAAGAUUGCUCCAACAGCUCAUGCGCCAUUAAGCCGCUCACUUCACGAAUAUUAACAAAGAGAAGAAGAUGGCGUCUGUGAGCUUCUCUGCUCUCACGCUGGGAGGGGGCCAACAGAGUGGGCCAGUGGGAACUUAACAUCAGCUUUAGUUCUCCUUUAAGGCCACACUUUUAUACUUCAUCAAGCAGCCUAGUACCCCCAUGAGGUUCUGCAGUAGCUCAGGCCUAAUGUGGUAGAACAAAUAUUUUGUGCUGUUCCCAAAUUUGCUAAAUCUUAACCUGCCUUUCUAUUGUUCAUAAUUGGCUUCAGGCUUCAUUUUAGGGUUUGGGCAUGAAUUUGUGAAAUUAGAAGAAUCAGACUGGAAACCAAAAAAACAGCUAAUCUGAAAACCAAGCUAUUUAAAGGUCAGCUAGGAAAAUGAUGCUUAGGACCUUGCCAUCACUUCUUGACAGUGGAAAAUUCAAUUACAUCUGAUAAGUAGGAUAAUGUUUGGGGUGGCAUUUACCCCAGCAUUGUUCAUUAAAGAUUCCCUCUAACAAUCUGUCAGUGGAAAGUGAAAUAAGACGUGGUAGUCCCUUACUGCACCACUAUAAGCCUUAGAAGGAGGCUCAGAUUUGGGAAUAUUGGUCCUGAACCUUACUUUACUUGCCUUAGCAGGAGGGUUGGAUAAAGUGGCCAUGUUUUCAGGUCAUGGUGGUCAUGUUUUAGGUGCCAGGUGCAACCCUGUUGCUGAAAUGCAACUCCUUAGUCUUAGUUUAGCAACAGCUAGAGAGUUAGUAUGUGAGCUAUCAAAAGUUCUGGGCAUCUUAAGUCAUCAUCUAUAGUUUACACCAAUUUUACUAGGUAAAGAAGACCUCAUCAAGACUUAAUGAGCUAUACUGGACAUAGAGCACAACUGGCCCCAAAAUCCACAGUAUAAUGCCAUUCACUGUAUCAAAAAUUAAAUGAUGUAAUGAAGCUAAGGGACAAGAAUGUCUCGCCCAGCGGAUCUAGCCAAAGAUGUGCUAGGAGAAAGCUGAAGGCAAUGUCAAUUGAAGAUCAAUAUGAGUUCAUCACAUGUCUAGGGAAUGGACAAUUAAAGUGGGAACAACAGCAGCUACACAAUGAGCGUGGAUUUCAUAUUACUAUCUACAGUAGAGCUGAAAUUCUCUUUGUUUACUUUAUUUAAUCUAGUGAUGUGUAUCUUUAUCUACUGCCCAAAGCCAGAUAUAAUAUUAAUAACGUCCAAAGCCGAAAUUGUUGGUUCCUUCUCAACAAGUUGGGGAAGCCUUCUAAUCAUUGAACAAAGCUUGAGUUUUGAGAAGGCAUGACCUUGAUUAGUAUUGGUUUCGCUGUUUGCUUUGUCAUAUAUGGGUGUGCACAUGUGUAUAUAUAGACAUAUAGGCUCAUCGGCCUGCGACUGCGCUCUUAUUUCUCCAUGUACACGUGGACACAAAUAUAUGUAUAAACUCCUACUUGAUUUCUUUUAUAUGGAAUAUGAGAAGGCUCCCUCACUCGCAGGAGAAAUAUAAAUAUAUAUUUUUUUCAACUUACACUAUUCAGUCUAUGCAUUUACGCUAGGAUGAUCAACGAGUCAUCUGGAUGCCCUAACUUUUGCCUUGAACCUUUGCCUAGAAAAAAAAGGCGUGUAUGUGUGUUUGUCUGUAAAAAGAAGUUAAAAAAAAUUCCAUCAGUCAAUGAGAAGAUGUUCUUGAAGCUUAAAGCUCCCUUAAAUAUGGGUUGCAGCUCAUAGACUUUUUUGUUUCCUACACCCAGAUCUACAAAUCUAUAUGAUAAAGAAGGGGGAGAAAUCAUGAGAGCAGGAGAAGUCAAGAAGUGGCCUUCCUUAGCUGUCAGAUAUAUAGCGGCCAUGACCGUCUAUCAUGUCCCCCAAUACUGUGGUCUAAAAAAAGAAAUGUCCUCCUAUAUGUUUGUGUUUGUCUGUAUAUACAAGUACGCAAUCAGUGUAUACAUGACUUUAAAAAAUAUGCAAAACUAUUAAGUGGAAACAAUAUGAGGCAGUUAGAAUAGAUUCAGCAGUGUCGAGGAUAUAUUGUCUGUUCUGUUGGACGCAAAGCGACGUAACGUACAAAAAAAGCUACUACAUGCCACUGAAUAUACCUGUCGGAUACUAGGCUUGGCAGUUUUAGCUGAACUGAGCUGCAACACAGACUUUUUUUUAUUUUAUUUAUUUUCGUUAUUUUUUUCUUUGUCUUUUUCGAUAAUUUUGUUUUGCCGUGGUCUGUUUGUGGCAAACGUAUAUUCUGCAUGUCACCUGCCUACCGCCUUGUUAAAAAAAGUGAGACACUUUGAAAAUGUAAGUUUUAUGUAUGUGACCUUGUUCUUUCUGGAAAAAAAAAGGUAUAUAUUUUCACGAUGUGUAAGAAAUAUUUAUUGUAUGUUAAGUAUAUUUAUAUAAUUAUGUUAUUGAAACAUGGAGAUUGGCAUUUAAAAAUGGAAGCAUUUGAAACAUAUUGUAAAUAGGAUUACCUCUAUUUAAGUGUACUACAUAACAUAUAAUAUAUGUUGAAAAAUAGAAAUUUUUAAUGUUUUUAAAUAUAUUUUCAAAAUAUAUAAACUA